UCAUAACUCCAGAAUGAGCUAGCUAACAGCACGGAGAAGCUACGACCAAACAAACAGCAAAUGGAUGAAAACAGUGUAUUUCUCGUACUUUUAUUUGAAAUUUACGUUGAGGAUGUACCUGUUUGAGUUACCGGAGGACCUUUGAAUGCAGGCAGUUCUUAUCUUUUUGUGUGUUUUUACAUGUUUGUUGGUCAGUUUGUGUAAUUUGCAGCUGUUUAUAUAGCUGCAGAUAUCCCGUGGGCAGAAGCACGUGCAUUCCUCCACAGCCUGAAGGGGGGUAAAGGCGUGACGUCGCUGCCCGCAGAGAGGCCCGUACGGCGGGGCGAGAGAGGCAGGGGACGGACGCUGCUGCUGCUGCUACUACCGCUGCGGCAGAGACAGCGAGUGCACGGAGCUACCGGCAACUUACGAGAGGAGACACGACAGCCAUAAUGCGGCACCGCCCGACAACCCUGGAGCUGAUGUGACUACGCGAAUCAGGGAGGAAGCGGCGGACGGCAGCACCACCUCUCCUCGGCGCAGACAGGCAGGUCAGUCUGUCUGUCUGGAGGUGGACAUGUCCUCGCUAAACCCGGAGGACGACCAGAAAUGGGUACCGACACAUGUUCAGGUGACGGUGCUCAAAGGCAGAGGACUGCGGGGCAAGGGCAAGAAUGGCACCAGCGAUGUGUACACUAUCAUCCAGCUGGGGAAGGAGAAAUACUCAACCUGCGUGGCAGAGAAGACAACCGAGCCGGAGUGGAGGGAGGAGUGCACGUUUGAACUGCAGCCAGGUGCCUUGGAGAGCGGCAGCGAGCUGGUCCUCAUCGUCAUGCACCGGGCUCUCAUUGGGCUAGAUGUGUUCUUGGGACAGGCAGUGAUUCCUCUGGACAAGGUGUUUACAGCGAACAGAGGCGUGAAAAACGAGUGGUACAGACUGAAUUCAAAGACAGGGAAGAAGGAGAAAGAGCGAGGAGACAUCCAAGUCACUGUGCAGUUCACCAGAAACAAUCUAACGGCCAGUAUGUACGACCUGGUCAUGAAGGACAAGGGCGUCUCCACCUUUUUUAAACUGAAGGAGCGCAUUAAGGGCAAGAGGCACUCCAAUGAAGAGGACUCCUCGUCGGCCAUAUUGCCUGGCGGAUACGGUUCGCUGGUGCGCAUGCGGCAGAGGUUGCCUAGUGACGGCGGAGGAGAGGAGUACUAUGAGGAUGAUGAGGGCGGAGAGGUCCGGAGGAGUAAGAUGAGAACCUUCUUCUUGAGAGGGAAGCUGCGUAAGUCCUCAGACACUCGCUCCAGCACGUCCCUGGGCUCAGAGAGCAGUGAGUCGUCCUCCAGAGGGGGCAGCCUCAGCCCCACCGCCGGCAUCAGUGUGGUGGUGUCUGACCUGUCCAACUCACCCAGCAACAGCAGCAACCUGACCGCAGACAACAGCCCAGAGCACACAGCAAACACGUCGCCAAAGUUGUCCUCUCCCAAAUGUGAGUUUGGGGAUGAGGCCGGUGAGAUCACCAUCGCAGUGCCUCAGCCCAAAGUGUGCGUUAACGGAAGCCAUUCUCUCAGCGUCCAGCCGCUGGACUCAGGAAAAGCAGCAGCGCCGCACGGUCUGGGACUGUUGAAGCCUUUGCCCCUGUCCAUGUCCCUCCAGAACCUCAGCCCGCGGGACAGAGACCUGCCCCCGGACAUCCUGGGAGACGGGCGCCGCUGGUCCUUCGACAAGCCUGAUGCAGAAGAGAAGGCAGCGAUCGCAGCAGCGCUGGAGCAAAGUGGGCCCAUGCAGGGAGACCCUGAAGAGGACAGUUUAAGCAGUGUGGCAGACACCCAGAAACAGAGCAAAGACCAGUCUGAACCUGCCCUGACAGAGGACAGGCACAGAGGCUGGUUUGGAUCCAAGGACUCGCACAACAAACCCAGCCACAGCGGGGUGGUGUCACCCACAGACCCUGACUCCCCUCACUCACCCCCUCUCUCCAGGGGAAACUCUAUAGACUCCUUUGGGCCCCUUUUUAACCUCUUCAGCCCCUCACAGCCCUCACCUCCACCCCUGUCCCACUCCAAUCCCUUUUUCACCACUCUGCACAACCCCUUCUAUAAAGACAUGUCCUGCACUCAGCCCCUGAAUGCUUCACCGCCGCCUCUGCCAUUUCUCUCUAGUGCUCGUCCUCCUAUAGCCACGCUCUUCCCGGAGGUCAACAUGCAGUCCAGCACAGAGGGCCGCAGCACCGACUUCCCAAAGAAAGCAGAGACCGAAAAUAGUGAAGAGAUAAAACUAAACCAGAAGAUGCCCAAUCCUUUCAGCUCAGAACCAGGGCUGGACUCAGAACUGGACCAUUCCUUUGACGAGUUUGCAGCUGGCAGGCUCCAGUCUCCAGACCAUCUGACCUCUGACCCCAAAACACAGUCAAACACACCCAGCAGUGAUCCUCCAUUCCAUUGUAUAAAUAAAGACACAAUGCCACUUAAGUCUGACGCUGAACAAACCACUAAUGACUGCCUAUGUUUUCAACCUAUGCACAUUUUUACAACUUUAGACACUAAGGACACACAUCACUUUUUCACUAAACUACUAGACACUAUCCCAGAAAACAGCAUGGAACAUGACUGUAAACCCGGUGGUGAGGCUCAACAAACUUCUCAAGUGAACGCAGAUAUCUCCAACGACUCUAAUGGUGAAAUUUCAGAUCAAAAGUUCAACAGCAGUUCGCCUGACCCUUCGUCUUCAGGCAUUGGCAGCUCAGCGGAAGAAGAUGGCCUCUCUUGCUUCUCUUCCUGCUCUGCAUCAGACAAGCUCUCGUCUUCAGAGGAAGCUGAGGUGCACAACUUGGAGAGCAGCUUUGAGAAAAAAACUGAAGAGGACUUCACAGACAAGUCAGAGGAUAUGUCCUUAGACCAGCAAACUGUAAUUGAGGACUACACCAAGGAGGCCAUCGCAAAUAGCUCUAAACUAGAAAGUACACCUUCUGUCACCAAUACAGGGAUUGAAAUUGAGAAAUGUCACACAAAUCCUGACCCAGAGCCAGAUAUAGAAUCUUCUGAAAGGGAACGCUCUCCAACCCUCCCUCCAGUUUUUGUCACAACCUCCUCCCCAGGGCUGUCCGACUCACUCUCUUGUGCCAUUGAGAACACAAAUGUGGUGGAACGGGAUCAGCUUUCACCUAUCCCCGUGGCACUUUUCACUGAUUUCCCAAACACAAGCAGCAUAAGUCUGAGUCGUGACACCUCCCUGUCGCACACAGAUGCCUCAGACAGAACCAGUUUUGCACACAGCUUGUACGUGAGCGCAGAUUCCCAGGAAUAUCAAACUUGUCUGACGCAUGCAACUUCAGGACACUUGGAAAAAUCUGCUAAUUCAACACUUUGUCUGACGCAAAAUAGUAUUCAAAUGGCAAAUCAUACAGCAACAGACCUGGACAACUUCUUCAAUACCAGAAAUGACAAUGAUAUGCAACCUGCCAGACAAGAUGGAGGACUAUUUGGUGAUUUUAAUGGAGCAACAUUUGAGACCAAUUUCACCAAUUUCACCGCGAUGGACAACUUCAGUUUACAAAGUCCUAAAGAGAUGGUAUUUGAAAAUGACAUGUUUACCAAGGAUAUCGAUGGAAUAUUCGUUGUCAAGCAAAUUAGCAUCCAGGAGGUUAGUAAUACAGCUACAGACACAGAAGACCUCUUUAAUAACAAACAUUCAAAUGAUAAAACCAUUAAACAAGGAGGAUUUGAUUCUGAUUUUAAUACAUUUGAGACAAAUUUUACACAAUUGGGAAAUAAUUUUAAAAAUCCAAACCAGGAAGUGCCUGUGGAUGCUAUAUUUUCAAACUGUCACAAUGGGUUAUUUGGUGAUGUGAAAGGAGAAAAGUUUGAGUCAAGUUUCACAGCAGUGGAUGACUUCAUUUUACAAAGUGACCCAGUCUCCCCACAACAAGACUUCAUUGUUGAAGACGUGUUUUCAAACAAUCCCAAUGGAGGUUAUUUUGACGAUUGGGUAGGUGCCAAGAUUGAGUCAGAUUACACAGAUGGAACCUUCAGUUUACAGAGUUCGAAAGAAGAAGUGCUCGAUGAUAUAAGUCGAGAUUUAUUUGAUAGUGACGUAAUCUUUGAGUCAAACCUCACAGCUGCAGAUGACUUCAUUUUACAAAGUCACAAACAGCAAGCCAAUGAUUUGUAUUCAAAACAUCAGGACCAAGCAUUUGACAACAUAUUUGAGACGAAUUUUACACCAGUGGACAUUUCUAGUUUACAAAGUGAUCAUCAUUCAAAACAGGAGAGUCUGAAAGCGGAAGCCCCCACUCUGCAGCGUUCCCAGUCCGUAGGCUUCCUAGUCCCGGCCUUCGACGAACUACAGCUGUCUGCUUUUGGGAGUGACCCUGAGUUAACCUCCUCUAAACCCCAACCAGACCUGCUUCUCUUCUCUCCCUUCACUCCUUCUCUAAUUCCUCAGUGCAGUAGCUCCCCUCUAGCGCUCUGUCCCCCUCCUCCUGUCGCCGAUGCAGCCUCGCGGGGGUUGCCCACUCAGCAGCAGCAGCAGGCAGCCAAUCAGCUCGUCAGUCCACACCCUGUGAAACCCCUGACCACUGCCACCGCGGGCGAGGAGAAGAGGACAGAGAGCCGGUCUAUGCUUGAGAAGCUCAAGUUCACCAGAAACGCAGGAAAAAGCAGCCAGUGCAGCGAUGACAGUGACAAAAAGAAGUCUCUGACAGAGGGCGCGGGCUCCUACUACCACCUGACGCACAGUGAACUGGUGGCUCUGCUGGUGCAGCGGGAGGCGGAGCUCCAGAGUCAGAAGGUGGAGUUUGAGCGACAGAAAAUCCUUUUGGCCAAACGAGAGACUGAGCUGAAGAAGCUGAAGCCGCAGGUCAGAGAUUUAGAGGACUACAUUGACACUCUGCUGGUGAGAAUCAUGGAGCAGAAACCCACUCUCCUGCAAGUGCGCUCCAAGUUCAAGUGACCGCCCUUUGGCUUUGUUCACUAUAAAACUUCCACAAUGGCUCUUUAGUCUUUUCACUGCUCGGCUGUCCUUUUGAUACAGUUACACAGGCACUGAGAGGUUUCCAGACAGCAUGCUCCUCUGAACAAAACACAUGGUCGAGCGGUCUGAAGGUCGCGUGAAGGUCACGUGCAGAACGUCGCAGGUCCUCAGGUUGAAUUCAGGUCGGUUUUGGGCUCUCCCAGAGGGGCUUCAAGACCCAGACGCUUUCAUUUAGGACACUGAUUGUAGAAAUGAUACUCUCACCUUCACCACUUUGAUCACGGAAUAUGGGGAAGUCUCAAUCCAAAACACCCACACUAUAUGAAAGGCAUUGUCACUCCUCGUUAGUUAUGUGCCAAUGCCCCUGAUGACUGACAAUCAGUAAUUAACACUUUUUUAAUAUAACUAGCUCAUUUUACUAAUUUUAAUUGAUUUAUAUUGCCAAAUUCAGAAGUGUGUGUUGUUUUAUUAACUUAAUUAUGCACAUACUUAAACAUUUACAGCAUUCAUCAUCAAAUGUCUCUCUGCAUUCAAAGCUGCUUCUAAAAACAAUAAAUAAAACAAUUUAAUAUAAAAUAGAGAGGCUCUUAAUCCUAACACCUGCCCCAUAGUGCCAUAUGUCAAUCACAUUCCUUACAUUCUAAGAUUAUAAACUCAUAGUGAGCCUAAUUUGCAGUAAUAUUUACAAAGAAAUAUUUGGCCUACAUUUGAUCCUUAUGUUUGAAAUGAAGAAUUGGUCUGUUCUUUCAGUUCAUUCUAAAGGACUGAAGGGUAUUUCUGAGGGACUAAUAUCACAGUUUUAUAGCACUUUUAAUUUGUAGUUUUAGGAAAAUAAAUUAUUGUACUUGUAAAUUUUGAAUUAAAUGUCACCGCCAAGGCUAACACAUUUUUUACAUAAUAUUUUUGUGAUUUGUUUUACACUGCAAGUUAUCUCAAGAUAAAGCCAGAUAAAGCUUUACCUUACCCGUUUCAUCUCAUCAUAUACACUGGAUGUUUUGGACUGACACUCAGCCAUUCUCUUUUAAUCAAUACCAAGUGCUUUGACUCGUUUUUUGAUGGAUGGACAAACCAAAUUGUUCAACCACAUCGCUAGGACCUGGUUAUAGCGCCUUCAAAAGUGUCUUCUACAGUGAAAAGGCAGUUUAUCUUGUUCAUUUAUUCAUGCACUGAUGUGUCUACCCACAGUUCAUAGUGUUUUUUAUCUGGGUUAUCAGUAUCACAAGCAGCAUCACCUGUUUUCUGAUGUCAUGCUUUGCCCACAUGUGUUAUCAGCUUAUCAGCUUCCUACGCUGUUCCCUAAAUUUAUAGCAUAUAAACCAAAUGCUGCCUUAUUUCUGCUUUGUCACUUCAUUUUACUCUUCAAAUAAAGGGGCAUUUGCUCAUUAUAAUUUUUUCAUCAUUGUAUUGAAACACUGCACAAAAUUAUGCAGAACAGUAGACAAUGAGCAAAUGUUACUGUGAAAUGCCAAAUAUAGUCUUAAUACUUAAUCUUUGGAGCAGAGCGAGUAACCACAAAAGUAUACAGAUUACUAAACCACAUUUAAAAGCAUUGUGGAUGUCCGUGCACUAAAUCUCAUCUCUGCUCUACCUAUGUCAGUAUCGGUAAAGUUAGAUAAUCACAAAAUACUACUGCACUUACAACUUGCUCUGGGCUUCCACAGUAAACAGUUAGCCAGUGAGCUUAGAGCGUCCUCCAUCUUGGUUUUAUCCUAGACCAGUGGUAGAGGCGUAUUUUAAUGUGGCACUCAUAGAAUACAGUUUGUCUCCAUGUCUUCCAUUUUAAAGCAGUUUUAAGUUAAAGUUUGAUUGUAUUUGUCCUGACUGAGUAGCUGUUCGAAUGUGCUCAAAGGUAGCGUGUAAGACUGGAAAGUUUACAAACGUGAUGCAAUUCUGUUUCACAAAUUUUGUAUAUUUAAUAAAGAAUAUUUUGUGUUUCUUGCUCACCGUA